AUGACACAAAAUCGACAAAGAUCAGAAGAUGAGACAAGUGGUGAUGAAGCUGAAGAUAAUGAAGACGAUGACGAAAAUGUCGUUGGUGAAGAAGAUAAAGAAGAAGAAGAAGAACAAGGAACAGAAGAAGAAGAGGAAGAGAAAGACAAACAAAGAGAAUCAAGUAAAGCAGUAGAAAUUAAAAAACUUAUGAAAAAAUCAAUAAUGGCUAUUUUAAAUCGACAUACAAAGAAAAGGAAACAUAAUGAUGAUAGUGAAGAUGAUGUCAAAGAAAAUCAAAAUGAAGAACAACAAGAAGAAGAUGCUGAUGAUAAUGAAGACGAAGAUGAAGAAGAUAUUGAUGAUGAAAAUGAUACAGACUUAGGUAAAAUGCUUGAUAUGAAUAGUGAUCCAGGUUCAUCAAGUGGAUGUACGGCUGUUGUUACUCUUCUACGUGAUAAACAAUUAUUUGUUGCUAAUGCCGGUGAUUCUCGAUGUGUUGUAUGUCGUAAUGGUCGUGCGAUUGAAAUGAGUAUUGAUCAUAAACCAGAAGAUCCUCAAGAACGUGCUCGAAUAGAAAAAGCUGGUUAUAAAGUAACAUUAGAUGGACGUGUUUCAGGUGGUCUUAAUUUAUCUCGAGCUAUUGGUGAUCAUGCAUAUAAAAAAACUUCUAAAUUACCACCUGAAGAACAAGCUAUAACUGCUUUACCUGAUAUACGUACACUAACACUUGAAGAUCAAGAUGAAUUUAUGGUAAUUGCAUGUGAUGGUAUAUGGAAUUUUAUGUCAAGUCAAGAUGUUGUUGAUUUUGUACGUACACGUUUGGAAAAGAAAACUUUAUCACAAAUAUGUGAAGAAUUAUUUACACAUUGUCUUGCACCAAAUACAAGUGGUGAUGGUACUGGCUGUGAUAAUAUGACAGCAAUUAUUGUGAAAUUUAAUUUUAAUUCACAAUCAACAAUAGAAAUAAAUCAAGAAUCAACUGUAUUAAAAUCAACUGAACAUAGUCCAUGGCCAACAAUGUUUACAUCAGUUAAUAAUAAACGAUCAUUAUCACCUGAACAUGCUUUAACAAAAGAAACAAAUGAUGAUGAUGAUGAUGAUGAUGAUAUUCAUAGCAAAAAGUUCAAAAUUACUCCUGAAAAUGUUACAAAUAAUACAGUAACAUCACCGUCAAAAACAACGGGUGCUUUUUCUUUUAAUGUUGCUACGACAACGAAUAACAAUAAUAAUAAAAAUAAUAAUUUAAAUGAUGAUCAACAACAUUAA